GGCAGCCCCAGCUCAGGGGUUGCAAUCUCCUCUAUGGAGGGGGGACACCGGCAACUCUUCCCCGGAGAGCAGUAAAGCAGCAAACCAGAGGGGGAAAGUACAUUUGGUACCUGAUGCUGUAGGAUAAUGAUGGGAAAGCACCGGCUUUAGGAAGAACCUCUCCUCUCACUGAUCCCGACGGUUCCUAGCAGGUUUUCCACCAAAGCUGUAAUUCACGAGAAUGUGGCUGAAUCUGAUGUUGUCCUGGAUCUUCUCAGUUGGCAUCUCCAGGUCAGGAGCGAACAGCCCGAGGCCUGGUCCUGGCAGCAGAGUCCCUACUCCGCAGCCCAGCUGUGGCAUGCUUAGUCUGCACCCCACAGUAGCCUGUCUCGGCACCCCAUUGACGGCCUCCUGCACCCUCGACCCCGGCUGCCUGCAGAUCGGCCAUGCCCGCCCGGGCGAUAUUGUCUGGAGAUUGAACGGAGAGACUAGGCAGCUGCCACUGAACCAGAGCAUUGCGGGAAACGGCACAGUCACCGUGGUCACCGUUCUCCGGGCAGAGCGGCCCCGUGGGGAGCUGAGCUGUUACCUGCCUCACCGGAGCAGUCUGCACCUGCUGGGUCUGGCCGAGUACCAGGCUGGAGUCCCGCCAGGAGAUCUGCAGGUGGAACAUUGCGUCAGCUUCUGGGGGGGGAACAUCACCUGCUACUGGGACCCUGGGCCGGAGACCUACCUUCCAACCACAUACACCCUCCACAUCACUGAAGAAGCAGGGCGCUGCCUCUGGAAGUUCAGAGAUGCCGGGACGUGCGUCUCCAGCCGAGAGAGCCCUUCCUGCACCAUCCCUGUGGAGAACCUCUUUGCCUCUUUCCAAGUGAGGCUAACGGCCGUGAAUCUGCUGGGCCGGGCCAGCGCCGCAGACAAGUGCAUGCACGGAAUGAGCAUUGUGAAGCUGAGCCCGCCCGAGGUCAGCGCCACGGCGGACAGGAGCGACUGCUUCCACCUGGCGUGGCGGCAGCCCAACGAGGAGCUGCUGCGUGUGACGGACGCGCGGUAUGAGAUCCGGUACCGCGACGUGGACGGGGCAUCCUGGACGCAGGUGGAUGUCACAGCCGCAGAGAACGCGCCCGCAUCGAAGGACGUCUGUGGCGUCUCGCCGUUCACCAGCUACUCUAUCCAGGUGCGAGCGCUGUACCGGAGCGACACCUUCCCCUGGAGCGACGGGGGCCCCUCCUGGAGCGCCUGGAGCCACGAGCAAUUUGUGAGGACUCUGCCCGCGGCCCCGUCCAGAGGGCCGGCUCUUUGGAGGAAAAUAGCCACGCCCGACUCUGACGGGAGGAGUGAGAUCAUUCUGAUGUGGAAGCCCCUGCAGCCAAAGGAAGCCAACGGCAGGAUCCUGACCUACAGUCUCCGCUGGCAGCGAAGGGGGCAGCCGGCUGUCCUGCUGGCAUGCCUCACCCGCUCCCUGCAGUGCGCUCUGGAGCUGCCGGCCUCCGAGGAGCACACCUUCUUCCUCACCGCCAGCAAUUCCGUGGGCGAGUCCCCCGCUAGCAAGCUGUUGAUCCCGGCGGUGCAGGCCCAAGCAGCACAGGGUCUGGGGGGAGAGAGGCAAACUGUCCUUCCCCCACGGCAACGUGGGUACCCAAAGCCCAGCCCUGGGCGUGCCUCCCUCUCCACUAUCCCUGGGCUCCUUUCAGUGCCGCCGUUGCUGCCACUCCUGGUCUCUCCGGCGAGCGACCGCAGCCUCCUCCUGCAGUGGGAUCCCCCUGGCUUCGCCGCAGCAGCCUAUGUCUUCGAGUGGGGCCGGGCGUCUGAGAACCGGGGGCAGAACAGCAGCUGGCGCUACGAGCUGGGGAACAUCAGCAGGGCGGUCCUGGCAGAGGCAAUUGAGCCGGGAUAUCUCUACAGCCUGACGCUCUUUGCCCUGAGCGACGGAGCCGUCCGGGCUGCAGGCUCUACAAGUGCUUACUCCAAGCAGAUCGCUCCAUUCCGUGCCCCAACUCUGCAUCCCACCCGUGUCUGGCCAUCCCAGGUGGAGGUGCAGUGGGAGGAGGUCCCAUUGGAGGAGCAAGGCGGCUUCAUCCGGAACUACACCAUCUCCUACGAGGAGCAGGGAAAAGACCCCCAGGCCGUGGUGGUGAACGGCUCCGUCCGUCGCUAUCUCAUCGCGGGCCUGGCUCCUGACUCCGUGGUGAGGGUGGGCAUCUCCAUCAGCAACGACGGGGGAAGCACGCAGGGCUCUGUCCUCUCCAUCAGAACCAGAAGCCUUGACGAUGGGAAGGUCGAACUGUUGCUGUCCUCCCUGUGCGUGGGGCUAGUCGUCCUGCUCAUCACGGCCGCUCUGGCCUGCGUCCUCAAGCACCCCCUAAUACAGGGCUGCCUGUGGCCGCAAGUCCCCGACCCUGCUAAAAGCCACCUGGCCAGCUGGCUGCCACAGAAAAUGUGGCUGGACUUGGGGAACUUCCCAGUGGAGCAGAGCAAGGAGCAGAGAGUGGGGUAUCCUGACUUCCCGUUCCGGGGGGUCUCGGGAAUCAUCUGUGGCCAGCAGGAGGAGAUGAUGAUGUGCAAGUCCUUCCUGGAAAGCACCUGGACACCAGAGGCCUCUAGCGCUGGAGAUAAAUACAGGCAGCCUCUCCAGACCAUCUUCCUCCAGGGAGACGUGACCACCCCAGACCAUUCCCAGGCAAGACGCCAAAGCAAGGUGGAAUAUUCCACAGUGAUCGUCUGGGCAUAUCCCGGUGAUGCACCACCAAGCUCUACUGCUCCCUGGCCCCAACCUACCCCUCAGAGCCCAGAGAGCUCUGGUCCCAGCCGGGAGCCUGGCUGGAGGAUCUGCUUCCAAAGCCCAUCCUGUGAGCCCCUGGAUGGGUCAUGCUGGCGAUGCAGCCAACAGCUGGAUGGAGGGCCCGCUUCCAUGGGGGCAUUUCCGCUCCUGAGGACCCUGGUUGUGGAGGGAUCUGGAGACCUCCAGCCUAACGGAGAUCACCCUGCAGGCGCGCUCAGCUCAGUGACGCCCUAACGGCCUCUGGAGAGAGACCUCCUCUCCCGGGGCAUGCGUCCCAAUGAGGGAGGGCAAUAAGGAGUCUCACCCCACCAGGCAGAGGGGUGGGACGUCAAGCAGAGCCCAGUUCCCCUGGGGGUGGGAGUGAGAGCCCUGCUGGUAAAAACACAGCUUUAUUGAUACCGGGGAAGGAGCCAUGUUGGCCUGGAUCUCCAGGCAAUAGUCACGGGCGCAGGGAGGCGUUCUUCUUCCCCUGCCUCUGCCGGCAUUUCCCCGUGCUUAGCCAGCCCGGGCCAAUCCUUUCCCGCUAGUGCAGCCUGCUGAUCCGUGUGUGUCGUGUCGCUCUCUGUGCCUGAGCCUCGGCCGAGCUGAGCGUCUCCCAGGCCCUGGCUACGGAGCCUGGGUCCUGCUCUGGAGAGUCACGCUCAGUGACGUCAAGCGAGACAGCGACCGUCCAGCUAGAAAGUCCUGCCAGUGUGUUUAGAGGCCUCCCAUCCCUCUUGCUACAUGCUACAAGCUCUACAAGUUCGGCAACACAGAACACGGUGAGCGCCCCUGGAGGGCCUACAAACUAUUUAAAGGGAUACGCCUCUAUUUCUAUACAUUCUGUGUCUUCAAUAACCCGCAAUCAAUUGAACUGCCAGCGCUUUGCUUGGAAGCCCAGCCAACCUCACUGGCGGGGAGCAUUUGCUGACCGGCGCACGAUUCAACUGGACUCCUUUAUGGAGCUUUUGCGCCGAAUUUCUCGUGAGCUUUGCUAUUUGUGGGUGCUUACGACUUACUGACUCCCCCCAGCCCCAGGGGUGCAGUCUGCAUUUAAAACCGAGUGCGCAUCGUGCAGAUACGUGCUAUGGAACAAUUAAGCCGUGCAUGUUUGCUGCUCUGUGUUAUGUCUGGUUUGGAUGGGGAUUGGAUUGUGUUUUAUUGUAACUGUUUGCUCAGCACCAAAAUCUUUGGCGGGGGGGGCACGUGUACUAAUUUUACCCCCAGUUAUUAAACCGCUAGAGGAAGCCGA